AUGGAGGCAGUUGCUACUCUUGCGGAGAAGAUACGAAAUGCAGCAGCUACUGCGGAUGAAGCUGGCCGCAAAGAACUGCUGGAUUCCCUCAGAGAUUUGCAAUAUUCUAUCGAGAAGCCAGAAGAUACAAUGCAGAGAGUGAUUCAUCUGCACCUUGUCAUCGCUAUCACUCGAACUGCAAUUGACCUAAAACUUUUUGAUAUUCUUGGAGAGUCCGAAGGCUCUCAACAGCUACGAGACUUGGCCUCCAGGACUGGUGCCGAUCCAACACUUCUCGGCAGAAUACUACGCAUGCUUUCGUCAUUGGGUAUGAUCAAAGAAACAGGGGAAGAUCAGUUUGCCUCAAGCCAAACGAGCAAAAACCUUUCCAUUGCUGAAAUCCAGGCUGGUCUUUACCACAAUUACGAUGUUCUUGGUCCCGCGUACCAGCUUCUCCCUGACUUUCUAGCUUCUACAAACUACCAAAGUCCCACAGAAACUCAUAAAGCUGCCUUCCAGAAAGCUUGGAAUACAGACUUGCCUUUGUGGCUAUGGUUUCAAUCGCGUCCCAAGGAAACAGCACAGUUUAAUCGCUUCAUGAUUGCACAGCGAUCUAGCACACCUAAUGCGUUCAACUUCUUCCCGAUCGAGGAGGAAUGCAAAAAUUGGCCUGCAGAUAAACCACUCUUUGUCGAUGUAGGAGGAGCUUCGGGUCAACAAUGUAUUGAGUUUAGGAAAAGGUUCCCUGAAAUUAAGGGUCGCGUUAUAUUCCAGGAUCUACCUGGAGAAAUUGAACACGCCGUAUCACAAGACCUGCCUGAUGGAGUCGAGGCCAUGGUCCAUGAUUUCUACACUCCGCAGGUUAUAAAAGGGGCAAAGUUUUACUACUUGCGUGCUAUCCUUCACGACCAUCUUGACGAUAAGGCAAUUCUCAUUCUGAAAAAUAUCAUGCAAGUCAUGGAAAAAGAUUCACUGAUAUUGCUCGACGAAAUGGUGUUACCAAACCACAAUGUUGACUGGUUUGCUACUCAAACGGAUAUGACAAUGUUGACAGCAUUUGGUUCAAUGGAGCGAACCGAAGCACAAUGGAAAAACCUUCUAGAUGGUGUUGGAUUGAAAAUCCGGAAGAUUGUUACUUACACGCAUGCAUUCAGGCUUAGUGUGAUUGCAGCAAGCCUUUGA